UCAGAGAGAAGCCAAAGACACAAAAGAGUCUCGCUUAUUGCCGCAGCGAAUGUUUGAAGCGGAAUCGUGUAUCAUCGUGUUAUUAUAGGGCAGGGAUAACAAUUAAAGUAUCUGAGGCUUGUUGACAUGGAUAGCGCGCUAGAAAACGCGGAGGGUUGCGAGGACGCAGGGAAACAUGCAGACUCCUCCCCGGAGUCCACGGAAUCUUUGGUUUGUAAAAGUGAAAUCGGAUCAUUAAGUCCACCGGCGACAGUCGAGGUUAAACUAGAGGCAAAUGAGGACCGUGGAUACGAGAAGGACCCUCUGACAGGAUCAGAAACAGAUGAGGAAGACGAUGAUGAUGAUUUUCACCCGCCUUCAUCAGUGUCCAGCAGUACGGACGUGUCAGAGGGCUCGUUGGAGAUUGACGUGAAGGGAGAAGAGAUGCAGGAUGAAAGCCAAAGUUCUCUGAACGGUGAUGAUGCACAAUGGAAUCCACCAAUCAGAAACUGGAAACCUGUUGGCAGACGAAGAGGAAAAAAGACUUCCACACCAACAGGCCGUCUUCAAAAGAAACAACAGAUGAUUAAUCUCAGUGAAGAUCAAUACCAGUGUAAUACCUGUGGAAAGAGUUUUACUGACAACAGCCAACUCACUCAACAUCAAAGAGUACAUUCUGGAGAAAAUCCUUACCAGUGCACUACAUGUGGAAAGGCCUUAGCAGACAAAUAUAAGCUUAUAAAACACAAUCGUAUCCACACUGGAGAAAAACCUUACAAGUGUACUACAUGUGGAAAGGCUUUUUCAGAUGGACGUGACCUUAAAAAUCACCUCAGUGUCCAUACUGGAGAAAAGCCAUACAAGUGCUCUACAUGUGGAAAGGCCUAUGCAGACAGGCGUGUUCUUAUGAAACACAACAGAAUCCACACUGGAGAGAAGCCUUACCAGUGUAAGACUUGUGGAAAAGCCUUUGCACGGAUCGGCUCUUUAAGUGAACACAAAAAAAUUCACACUGGAGUAAAGGAGCAUGCAUGUCCUACCUGUGGAAUGGCCUUCAUCAAUAUUGCCGUCAUGAAAAGGCAUCAGAGAACUCAUACAGGAGAAAAGCCAUAUCAGUGCAGCACUUGUGGAACGAGCUUUGCAACCACGUAUGGUCUUAAAAGACAUGAACUUGUCCACUCUGGAGAAAAACGAUUUCAAUGCUCUACAUGCCCUAAGGCCUUCACAGAUCGAAGAAACUUGGAGAUUCAUGAGAGAGUUCACACUGGAUUAAAACCCUAUCAGUGCUCCACAUGUGGAAAGGCGUUUAGAAGCAAAGGUGAACUCAGAAAUCACCUGAGAACGCACACUGGAGAAAGGCCAUAUCUGUGUUCCAUAUGUGGAAAGAGUUUUGCUAGAAGCGACCAUCUCAUUAGGCAUCGACGGACUCAUUCAGGUGAGACGCCUGUUCAGUGUAUGACUUAAGAUUUAUUUCUGACAAGUAAAGCUUAU